CCACUGUUAUAAAUGUGAUAGAGAAGUAAUUAUAUGUGUGGUAUUUAAUGUAAUGGAGGAUAAAUGUUUCAAAUUUCAAAUUAUUGUCAUAUCACAUUAUAUGUCAUUUACCAUUAAGGAACAAACGAGUUAAAACCAGUGAUAUUUAAAAAUUACUACAUAAGUAUUAGAAUAUUUUUAAUGAAUGAUAAACCUGUACUCUUUCAAUCUUAUUUAAUAAAUAUAAUAGGUAAAUAAUUAAAAACACAUACACACAGUGUUUUUGCAAUAAAUUAAUGCUGUGGCUGAUGAAUAAUAUACUAACAGGAAAUUAUUAAACUUUGCAUAACUGCAGACUGUGUUACAGGUUAUUAAAGAUAAUGAAUAUAUAUUUUUAUAUUUAAUACUCUAAUGUCAAGGAUGAUUACUCAUAAGAUUGAAUAUAACAUAAAAUCUGUAAUAUAAAAGAAAAUUAUUUUUGUACAAUAAAUAUUGAUAUAUUCAUUGCAUGUAUAUAGUAUAUGACCAAACAUUAUCAAAAAAUGAAUCCUGUGCUAAAAAUAUUUUUAACCCAUUGUUGGGCAAAUAUACAUUUAAUAAUUGGGAUUAGCAUGGGUCUAAGUUUCAGUAUGAUGUUAAUACCAGUUAAUGUAGAUAAUUCUAAUGGGAAUACAGAGUAUUCAAUGCAUUAUUUAAAUUACCAAGAUGACUUGGAUGAAUAUGAACCAAAAAUAAAUAUUAACAGCAAACCUCAACAGGCACAAAAAGUUUCUAAAGCAUUAGUACGUCCAAGAUAUUAUUCUACAGAACUUGGAAUCAGAGAGAAAUUAUUCAUUGGAGUGAUAACAAGUCAACAAUACCUAUAUAGUAGAGACAUAGCAAUUAAUAAAACUAUUGCACACAUUGUGGACAAAGUACGAUAUUUCAUUUCUAUACCUGAAGGAACAAAGCCUAAUGUUACUCUUCCUGGUAUAGUUGGAUUUACAGAUACCAGAAGCAUUUUGAAACCAUUCCAUACUAUGAAAUAUAUAAUUGACAAUUAUUUGGAAAAUUAUGAUUACUAUUUCUUAAUCAAAGAUGUAAGCUACAUCAAUGUUAAAAAAUUAGUAAAAUUCGUUACCAAGAUUAGUGUAAGUCAAAAUGUUCAUGUGGGGGUUCUUGGAGACAUUCCAACUUAUUGUUCCUUGGAUUCAGGAAUCCUUCUGAGCAAUUCGAUAAUACAGGAAUUAAAGAACAAUUUGGAUUGGUGUGUAAAAAAUGCUUAUUCUGAUUCGGAUGAUGUCAAUUUUGGGCGAUGUAUUGUUCAUUCUACCUCGACACCUUGCUCUGAUCACAUACAAGGUCAGAAAUUUCGGCAUACCAAAUUGGAACCAACAUUUUUAUUUGAGAUGAAUCUGAAGGAAUUAAUUAGAAACAAAGAAUUUCUAAGUUCACUUGUAAUAUAUCCAAUAUAUGACCACCUUCUUGCCUACAAAUUGAACACUUAUUUUGCAGCAACAAAGUCCGUGGAAAUUCAAGAAAAGAUUUCCAAUAUUCGGAAAUCGAUUUUAAAUAUGGCAGUUUUAGGGCCUCCACAAGAACGCAAUGUUUCAUGGCCAAUUGGUAAUCAACCAGGAAAUAAAGCUAUUGGUCGUUUUGAUAUUUUACGAUGGUCAUAUUUUAAUCAAACUCACAUAUUUCUAAAUACUGAUUUUUCAACUGUACAAGAAUUAAAAACCGAUGCUAAAUUUGACAUAGAUCGAACGAUUAAUAUUACAGCUUCUAGUAUAAUCGCUGAUUAUCAAUAUACAUUCAAAUUUAAUAAAUUAUUGAAUGGAUAUAAAAGGUUUGAUGCAUCUCGAGGAAUGAAUUACAUAUUAGACUUGGAGUUUACCAAUGUUAAUACUGGUAAAAUAUUGAGGAAGAGGAUUGAAGUGUGCAAACCGCUUGGAAAAGUUGAGAUCUUGCCUGUUCCGUACGUAACAGAAAACACGAGAAUAAAUAUAAUACUAACCAUAAAUCCAUCAAAGAAACAGGAUGCGCUGAACUUUUUGGAGCACUAUGCUAUAGACUGUAUGGAAAAAAAGUACAAAACCUUUCUUAUGAUGGUCCUUUUAUAUAAUUUUGACUCUGCAUCUAAAGGAAGGGCAGAUAUAUACUAUGAGAUUAAACAAUAUGCACUAUCAUUGGCUGAUAAAUAUAAGAAACAACAGUCAAAAAUUACCUGGCUUUCUGUACGCUUACCGAAUAUUGUAACGUCCAUUGAAACAAAUCAGUUGCUGAACAUAGCUGUUACAGAUUUAUGUAUAAGAAAAUUUUCACCCGAAAGUUUAAUACUUCUCGUCGAAACUGGAAUACAACUUCGGCUGGAUUAUUUAAAUAGGAUCCGUAUGAAUACCAUAAACCAAUACCAAGUAUUCAGUCCAAUUCCUUUCAUGGAAUACCAUCCUGAUAUAGCUCAUAUGAACGAUAUAAAACAAGUUGAUACGGAUAUUAAUCGCAAUCAUGGAAGAUACGACGAAUAUAAUUUCAAUAAUAUUGCCUUUUAUGUUAGAGACUAUAACACCAUGAGAAAAACCACUGAGGCUAGCAUUCCAAUAAUACACUCCGAUCGAGAUAUUUCAUCGAUGCUAAAUCUUUUACAGAAUAUUCCCGAUACUUCUCUAUACGAUAUGUUUGUUUCUUUCAGUAACCUACAUAUUUUACGCGCAAUAGAACCAGCUCUCAAAGUAAGGUAUAAAAAUGUUGAUUGCUUUGGUACAACUGAUAAUAUCAGCAAUUUCUGUACACGGUCGAAGAAUCAUCACUUAGGUCGACGUAGUCAACUUGCUAGAUUAAUACUCGACUAUGAAACUUAUAAGAAUAGUUUACUAAGAUAAAUUGUAAGGGAAGUAUUACCAAAUAAUACUACUAUUUUGUUUGAUGUAAAGGAUAUUAAUAUGUUUUACAUGUUAUGCAUGUACAUAUAUAAUAAAAUUCAUAUUAUAAUGAAUACUUCAUUAAAUUUAUACAUUUAAAUAAAUAAGUUUGUAAAUAA